UUUCUUAUUUAUUGUUUCCUUUUCUUUCCUGAACAUUUCCGUCUUUGAGUCUAUCCCAACAUGACACAAAAUUCAACCCAAUAUGCUUGAUGAGAAUAACGGAGAAACGUGGUCAGAGAUGGACACGUUUGACGACCAAACAACCUUGUAAGAUCAAUCUGAUGAAUAAUUCUAUAUGAAAUUUUUUAAUCCUUCAUCUGUUUAGAAAAUUUCUUCAUGUCAGAUACAAAGUUAUAUGUUCAGUUCGAAUUAAUUCAAUACAAUAAUUUUUCUUUCAAUUAUACAAAAAAUUCAAAAGUAUUUUAGAGUAAAUGCAAGCUAAAAUAUAUUUGAAAGAAUUCAUAAGACUUAGAUGAGCGAGAAUCUCGGAGAUUCACAUUUUGCGGUGGACUCGUCUGAACGUGUCCUGAAAAGAAUUUUCCAAACGGUAUUACGUGAUGGUUGCUUGUGAUAUAUAAUCGAAGAUUUUAAUCUCUCUUCCCUCUUUCCGAUCGAUUUUCUGCUCCAAACUUUCCAUCUCCAAACGCCAUAAGAAACGUGAAUGAUCAAGCUUCAAUUAAAUUAAAUCGUUCAAUAACAUUUAAAUAACGAUCACGUGAAAUUGUCUCCAAGUGAUUACGAGUUACGAGUCAUUCGGGAUAACAGUGGGCAUUUUUGCGUUUCCUCUUGAUUACCCUAUUAUCGAGCGAAUUUCGGAACGCGAAUUCCUCUUCACGCAACGUUUUCCAUGGUGGCGCGAUGGAAUGCUUCGCUAACAUCGUCAUCAACCUGCUUGUCGUCAUUGACAAAUGUGUGACAGUGCAUCGUGACAGUGAACGAUACUGUUAAUAAGUGGAUGCAUUAGGUCCUGCGACGGGCGUGUGUGUGUGUGGGUGACACACAGGCUUCGGUGGUGGUUAGACGCAACAUGCGGGAAGAGGACUCACCGUUCCGGACUGCCCCCUCUGCGAAAAAGCGACAAAGAGGCCGCCUCCAUGCAACAUGCAGAUGAUCCUGGUUGCUGGCGGAUCGCUGCCGAAACUCAGCAGCCAGGACGAGGAUGGGACGAACCCCCACACCCAAUACACAGGCGUCACACACUUCGAACCCAUACCGCACGAUCAUGACUUCUGUGAAAGGGUCGUCAUCAACGUGAGCGGGUUACGGUUUGAGACACAGCUGCGUACGCUGAACCAAUUUCCGGACACGCUGCUCGGCGAUCCGACACGGCGGCUCCGAUACUUCGAUCCGCUGCGCAACGAAUAUUUCUUCGAUCGGAACCGACCUUCCUUCGAUGCCAUACUCUACUACUAUCAGAGCGGUGGCCGCCUACGCCGCCCGGUCAACGUCCCGCUCGAUGUCUUCUCCGAAGAAAUCAAGUUCUAUGAACUGGGCGAGAUGGCUACCAACAAGUUCAGGGAGGACGAGGGCUUCAUUAAGGAGGAGGAGAAACCGCUGCCGUCGCACGAGUUUCAGAGGAAGAUCUGGCUGUUGUUUGAAUAUCCGGAGAGCUCGCAGGGUGCUCGGGUGGUCGCUAUAAUCUCCGUGUUCGUGAUCCUCCUGUCGAUUGUGAUCUUCUGCCUGGAAACGCUACCCGAGUUCAAGCACUACAAGGUCUUCAAUACGACGACAAACGGCACGAAGAUCGAGGAGGACGAAGUGCCGGAUAUCACGGACCCGUUCUUCCUAAUAGAGACUAUUUGUAUCAUCUGGUUCACGUUCGAGUUAACAGUGCGCUUCCUCGCCUGCCCAAAUAAAUUUAACUUCUUCCGUGACGUAAUGAACAUCAUCGACAUCAUCGCGAUCAUUCCGUAUUUCAUCACCCUGGCCACCGUGGUGGCCGAGGAGGAGGACACGCUGAAUUUACCCAAGGCACCGGUAAGCCCGCAGGACAAAAGCACGAACCAGGCAAUGUCCUUGGCGAUACUCAGGGUGAUCAGGCUGGUCCGAGUGUUCCGGAUAUUCAAGUUAUCCAGACACAGUAAAGGCCUUCAGAUCCUCGGGCGAACCCUCAAAGCCUCCAUGAGGGAACUCGGGUUGCUCAUCUUUUUCCUUUUCAUUGGUGUGGUGCUAUUCUCGUCGGCGGUAUACUUCGCGGAGGCCGGCUCCGAGAAUUCGUUCUUCAAGUCCAUUCCGGACGCGUUCUGGUGGGCCGUUGUCACGAUGACGACCGUGGGCUAUGGUGACAUGACGCCCGUGGGAGUCUGGGGAAAAAUUGUGGGUUCAUUAUGUGCGAUCGCUGGUGUCCUGACGAUUGCCCUACCCGUUCCCGUAAUUGUCUCCAACUUCAACUACUUCUAUCAUCGUGAGACUGACCAGGAAGAGAUGCAGUCACAGAAUUUCAAUCACGUGACUAGCUGCCCAUAUCUUCCUGGCACUUUAGGUUUGAAGAAAAUCUCGAUGUCGGAAUCCUCGUCGGAUAUAAUGGAACUGGAGGAAGGCACCCUGUUUACUCAUCCGGAGAUUACGAAGAAGUCAAAUUGUAAUCCUCGCCACAAUAACAAUAUCAAUCCAGCCUGCAUGAGCAUCGAGACUGACGUCUGACUACUAGUGAAGGAGACGGUGGCAGCGUGGUGGCCAUUACUAAGUCAGUUGUCAAAGAGCAACUGCAUCUCCCUGCGGUGCCUGACGUAGGCCUCCUUCACUCGUCAUUAUAGUCGUAAGCGGCUGGCGUUGUUCGCCAGCCUGUCCAGGUUCGUCAUUGCGAGGGGCGUCUUGGAUAAAGAAUACGGGAGGCAUCAAGAAUCAUGAUCCUCUGGGAAGCCGAUCACAGGUUGCUUUUUCAUCCGAGACGAGAUUACGAGAAAUAGAAGAGAGGUGGGGUGGGCUCAAAGGGUGUAUAUAUAUAUAUAUAUAUAUAUAUAUAUAUAUAUAUAUAUAUAUAUAUGUAUACGAAGAAAUGGUAGAUUAAGUUCCAGCCGUUUUCGACGCCGUCGCCUUCCCCGCCAUCUUCUCAGCGAGCUUGCGCCCCGCGUAAGGACCCACGAACGAAGGGGACGGGAUAUUCCUCGUCCGCGUGCAUGCGCGCACGCGUGCGGCCCAAUCCCCGACACCACCGACUCCAGUGUUCAAAAACAAAAAAAAUAAAGAAUAUAACGGAUAGAUACCGAGGAAAUAAUCGUAGCGUCUUCGUAUAAGCGCUGACGAGUAUCCCCUUCCGUCCUUACGGGCUUCACCAGCUUUCGGAGUAUCGGACAGGUGAAACAGAGAAGGAGAAGUCGGUAAGUGGCGGAAGGAACAAACGGGAAUCGUACUAUAUAAUACUAUAUUAAUUAUUAUCGAUAUAAAUUAAUUGUGAGUACCGUACACGUAGGGCGAGGGUAAGUUAACAAAGUACGUUUUAUGAUUAAUCGCGAAUGCGGACGGGGACACUUAGAAGACACUACUUGCGAUAGAGGUAAAAAAUGAUAACCGACAAAAAAGGUCGUAAAAGAUGUAUCAGGAAUGACGAAUAGAACGAUGAGAAUUGUAGAGAGAAAGA